UUAAUCGGCCUAAUUUUGCAGCUUUUUAUUUGACACCAGCUAGACAAGUGCAUUUUUUUUUACAGCUGGAAAUAAUUCCAGUAUUUUAAUAUAGCCUGUGAAAGUAGGCUGCUGUUGAAGUGGAGAGAAGACCAGAAGUAACAGGCAGAAUGGCAUCAAGAAAGAAAGUUCUUCUAAAAGUCAUUAUACUUGGAGAUUCAGGUGUUGGAAAGACGUCUUUAAUGAACCAGUAUGUUAACAGGAAAUUCAGUAAUCAGUACAAAGCUACAAUAGGAGCUGACUUUCUUACGAAGGAGGUGAUGGUUGAAGACAGACUUGUUACUUUGCAGAUUUGGGACACAGCUGGACAGGAAAGGUUUCAGUCCCUUGGGGUGGCGUUUUAUCGGGGUGCUGACUGCUGUGUUCUGGUUUUCGAUGUUACUGCGCAAACCACAUUUAGGACUCUGGACUCCUGGAGAGAUGAGUUUUUGAUUCAGGCCAGUCCUCGUGAUCCAGACAACUUCCCUUUCCUGGUCUUGGGCAACAAGAUCGACCUGGAAAACAGGCAGGUUGCGACAAAGCGAGCUCAGGCAUGGUGUCUGAGUAAAAACAACAUUCCAUACUUUGAGACCAGCGCAAAAGAAGCCAUCAAUGUUGAGCAAGCAUUUCAAACCAUUGCACGCAAUGCUCUAAAACAGGAAACAGAUGUUGAGCUUUAUAAUGAAUUUCCAGAUCAGAUUAAGUUGGACAGAAAUGACAGCUCCAGCUCAUCUGCACAAAGCUGUAGCUGCUAACGCUUGUGUACAUAGACACUAACAUGCUCUGUUAAACAAAAACAGAUUUGCACACUCUACCUUUGCUCUUUUCAAAUUUUUCUUUUUACUUCAAUAAACACACACACAGUUUGUAUGUACAGUAUAUGCCAAAAUGAUGGAUUUUUUUAAAUUUAAAGAUUUUAAAUAAAUGCAAACAAAUCA